ACAUCAUAGGACUUGUAUGGGUAGUCCAGCCCACAUAUCUCUUAAAUGACACGCACUUCAGCAUCACUGCCAGAGUCAUUUUUGACUUUUAGGAGAGCAACAUGGCGCAGAUUUGUACCCCAGACUGCCAGAUGUCUCCAAUUGUGCACUUAUAUCUGGAAAUGGUUCAAGUGGAUCAUCUGGACAAUGAAGCGAAUCUGUCAGGAGCACUACAAUGCAAGACCUGUUUGAAAAAUGAAUGUGCUGUCGAUGGAAAUGGAGGGUCUUUUAAGAAAGCUUCAGAAUGCCAAGUGAUCAUCCAGAGUUUAGGUGACCGUACAAUCAUUCGCCCUGAAACCGUCGCACCAACAAGAAAAGCGGCUUGCAUGAGUCAUUCCACCUCAGACAAAACCACCGUCUACUACUACAAGUCGAAUGUGUUGGGGAAUCUGGGAAAAGGCGCUCCUGUAAUAUUGAAGAUCAGUGACUCAGAUCAGUUUCUAAAAUGCCAAUCUAUAAAUGGCAGAGCAGUUCUGGAUGUUGAGUGCUGUGACGAGGGGAAGCUGAAAUAUUUCUCUGAGAAUGAUCCGAUCACAUGGCCAUUUGUUUUCUACCUCUCAGUGAUGAAGGACAACUGCCGUAGAUUCGAAUCAGCCGAGUGCCCCGGUUGGUUCAUCCGCACAGAACCUAAACAUGUGUACAUGGAUGAACAAAAAGAUAAAGAUUCUGGGAAAUAUUCAUUUUACUUUUUUUCAUCCCCAAAGUCAGAGUCAGAGUCAAAGUCAAAGUGAAGUGUCAUCCUAAAAGCAUCCUUCUAAUGCUGCUUAACUAAGCUAUAUGAAACAAAAGACAGAGAGAGAAACAGACUAACGUGCUUUUUGACAUUUAGAUAGACAGUUAUAAGUGCAAGUAUAGUUCCCAUUUUGCAAGGGAUAUAUACAAAUGGAUGUAAUUAUAUUCAAUUCAAUUUCAAUUCAAUUUUAUUUGUAUAGCGCUUUUAACAAUUGGCAUUGUCCCAAAGCAGCUUUACACAAUCAAAAGAAUUAUUUAAGUUUGUAUGGAAUUUGAAUGUGUAUGAAUCAAAAUGGUCAGAUAGUCCUUGAUGAGCAAGCCAAGGGCGACAGUGGCAUUAUAUACAGCGGAACCUUGAAUUGUGAGUAUAAUUCAUUCCAGUAGUAUGCUUGUAUAUCAAAACACUUGUAUAUACAAUAUACAACAUAUAUUAAGACAAAUUUCCCCCAUAAGAAAUAAUGGAAACUCAGAUGAUUCGUUCCACUACCGCAAAAAUAUUUAUAUAAAAAUAGUUAAUAAAAAAUAUUAAAUUAAAUAAAACAAACUAACCUGCACUUUACCUUUAAAAAGAGUGGGAGGGGUCAAAUGGGCUGCUGUGUGGAUGACUUUGACACACGCACACACACACGCACACACCAAUAGUAUCUCACUCAACCAAGCGUGCGCGCACACACAUGGACACACACACGCACACACACACACACACACACACACACACACACACUAGCUUGCAGACAAGGGGACAGCUGCUGUUUAGGACGACUUUCACACACACACACACACACACACACACAUACACACUCAGUUUACCAAAUAGAGACUCACCCUCAAGAUACAGACCAGUUUACUCAACUGGUAAACUGGUCUGUAUCUGUAAAAGUCGUCCUACACACAUAAACACAAAAUAAAAGAUGCUUUAAAAUUUAUGUUUAU